GAAGCGUCCGAGGUUCGCAAUCAGCACGAUCAAACGAAGAGUUUGGAAUACGCAGACCUCGGCUGAAUGGCAAGCUGAGAAGGAGAAUAGGCAGGACGACACUGGUCGGGCUCUACAACUUCAAAGUGCUUUUGAUCUCAGAAUCCUUCGCUAACAAGUUUAUCGACUGAAGACUAGGUGUCAGUCCUCGCCUAGGACUUGAUAUCAUCCUCAAUAUGGCUUCGAGAUCACCGAGCCAAUCUGACGGCGAAGUUUUCAGCUCAGAUUCGGAAGCGAAGGCAAAGAGCAUACCAUCUUUCCACAAUAACAGCAAGGUUGACCGUCAUACUAGACCCUAUUCUACGUCGCAUAGCACUGCGCCUAGAGCAAAUCGAUCACGUUCGAGAUCCCCCUAUCGAGCUCCCAGGGGCGAGAAGCGUCUGCGAGACUUUGACCAUUCACGAAACAGGUCGAACAACGAUCCCCGCACUUUUGCAGUAAGAUACGAAGACGAUAGACGGCGCCGUGGGCAUGGCUUGUACGAGGAACAAGGCGCAAAACGGUCCAAAACGUAUUCACGAAGCAGGAGCAGAAGUCGGUCUCCUUAUCGACAUUCGCGCCUUGAUGACGCUGAAAGAGCCAAGACAAAGACGGUGACUGGUAUCUCGGGCAAGAGCGAGGGAGAUUUGCGGCAAGCAAGCCGUCAGGCAGAAACGAGUGCCGCUUCGACAAGCAGACAACCAGGCCACGUCUCGAACUCUGCCGCAGCAGCAACGCAAGCUGGGCCUGCCGAUCCAGAUGCGAGCAGAGAUACACGCGACGUUUCUAACACUGUGCCAAAAGAAGACGCCACUAACGAAGUCCCGAAAAUAGUCGAUGAAGCGGCUUUGAUCGAGGAAAGACGCCGACGUCGAGAAGCCAUCAAGAAUAAGUACAGAGGCCAGGCUCCACCACUUUUAGUCCAAGCACUUCAUCUGGGAACAGACUCGAGGACCGGCAGCCCUGCCACGGAAAGUUAUCCCACCACUCCAGGCCGUUCCGAAUCACCACCUUCGUCCUCCCCUAGAACACCGAAAGAAGUGUCCGUGCCACAAUCUCCUGCCGACUUCAACUUUGAGGCCGAUGCCGAAAUGAGCAAUUCUCCUAGAGACACGCCACCAACAGAUGGCACCUCGGCGGCUGACUAUGACCCCACGGUAGAUAUGGAAGAGGAGCGGGCGCGUCACGACAAGCGUUUGUUCAAAGAGGAUGAUAUCUCUUUAGAGCAGGCAGAAGAGCAGGUUGUUGAACAUAUCAAGGAGUCAUCUGCGCCUGGCCCGAAGAAAGCUGAUGAAUUUGACAUGUUUGCCGACGAAGACGAUGAUGACAUGUUUGCAGAAGCCCCGAUGCAAGUAAGGGCAGAGACCAAGACUGCUCAAGCCCUGGACGUCACCUUGAUGGAUAACUGGGACGAUGCGGAAGGGUACUACAUCACUAUCCUUGGUGAGCUGAUUCAAGAUCGUUACCAUGUGACUCAAAAUCUCGGUCGAGGAAUGUUCUCCUCUGUUGUCCGAGCCACUGAUAGACACACUGGCAAGCCCGUGGCCGUCAAAAUCGUGCGUAACAAUGAGACAAUGCGAAAGGCUGGUAUCAAGGAAAUCGAGAUCCUGAAGGACAUUGCCGCCAAUGACCCAGAGGACAAGAAACACGUCAUCCGUCUUCAGCGGUCGUUCGACCACAAGGGCCAUCUAUGUAUGGUUUUCGAAAAUCUGUCAAUGAAUCUACGGGAAGUGCUGAAGAAAUUUGGCCGAGAUGUGGGGAUCAAUAUUAAAGCAAUUCGAGCCUACGCCCAGCAGUUGUUUCUGGGACUGAGUUUGUUGAAGAAAUGCCAGUAUAUUCACGCCGAUCUCAAGCCCGACAACAUUCUUGUCAACGAAGCAAGGAGCACUCUCAAGAUCUGUGAUUUGGGUUCGGCGUCGCCGAUCACCGAAAAUGCAACCGCACCAUAUCUCGUAUCUCGGUUUUAUAGAGCACCAGAAGUCAUUCUUGGUAUUCCGUACGACUACGGCAUCGAUAUGUGGUCGAUCGGCUGCACGCUUUAUGAGCUGUACACCGGCAAGAUUUUGUUCACUGGUCGGAACAACAAUGGUAUGCUUCGGGCAAUCAUGGAAUGUCGAGGCAAGUUUCCGCACAAACUAUUGCGACGAGGGACCUUGGCCUACGAUUACUUUGAUGAUCUCCUCAAUUUUCGAGCUCAAGAAGUCGACAAGGUUACCGGCCGCACCGUGGUGCGCAUGAUAGAUAUCAAACCAAAACCAGUCAAAGACUUGCGAUCGAGAUUGAUUCCCAAGGACAAAAGACUGGACGAGCAGGAAAGGAAGGAAUUGGAAUUGUUCAUUGAUCUACUCGACAAAUGCUUGGAUCUGAGACCCGAGAAGAGAAUCACCCCGAAUGAGGCCUUGAAGCAUCCUUUUGUCUUGAGGACCAAAGCUUAGAUGUGGUCGGUUGUCUCUGGCUGGAGCCAAAUUCGCUGUCCUCCGGGUAUCACUUUUUGGCUGGGCUGUUCUUGAAGUCGGCCAAUGACGAUGGCGAAGACAUGACUUGUUGUAUCAGAUAGAGCUGUAUCACGCACGGUCUUACGACUCGGCCUUGAUGUCAGCCUUGAUGAUGGACAGAAGCUACGGCGGGCUCUUGAGAUGCGCGAGGCUAACACAUUCCGAUAUCAAUCACGCAGGCCUUAGCGACGCGCCAAACAAGACAGUUCUAUCACGUCGACGACCUCUGAUUUCAUUUCGCUGUAUAUGAACCUUAUCUGCUGCACGUCCUUCGUGCUCACACGUCAUUGCUCAUUCAAGUUCCCCUUCCUUGAUCAAGACCACCAACAUACUUCCGUUUAGAGUGCCUGCGCCGCAUCCUUACCCGCAAUUCGGCCGAAGGUGAGAGAACGGAGCACGCUCGUUGCAGGAGGAUCUGGGUAGUAUAUUAGUUUGCCAACGAGCAAAAGCAACGUGGUAAUGAUGCCAGGGGACACCUAUCCACUCGCAUCUGCCUUGUCUCCCCGCAAGAGGCAUUCGUCGCCAAGGACCAGUACUUACACUGUUCGAUUGUCAGCACGGUUUGAGUUGGACAGCUUUACCGGCUUACCUCGUUAUAAAACAAUCCACUCAAUUCACCAGCGGCGUAGAGUCCUACAGAGCUGUCAACUACCGCGAUCAUUUUAUGGCAUUGGCUGGCUCCGGCCUGUGGAUGGAGGGGAGACAGCAACGUCGCACG